AUUAUUAUUUUAUUUAAAAAAAAAAAUUGACUGCGUUGUAUUUUCUUUGUAACAUAACAGCGCUGUCACGGAGAGCUAAAGACUGAUACAGUGGACUGAUAGAGUGCAUUGUCGAGCACAGACGUGCUUUAAACAUACCAUUGAUUUAAACUGACAAUAAAAACACGAUGGCCAUAGAAAGACUGGAAUGUGAAGAGGUUCACCCAGAAUUUCCAGAAAAUGGCUUUGUGGCUACCGAAAAAGCUUCUUCGGGAGUGCUCUGUGAAUAUGACGAAUCUGUGGCGCCUUAUCUUGGGGGAUUUGGGAAAUACCAGAAACAACUAAUUCUCCUAACCUGGAUCCCCGCUUUGUUUAUUGGAUACAGCCAGAAUUCAGACUCUCUUCUUUUAGCCCAGCCCGGCUACACGUGUAAAUCUGUGACUGUGAGUGGGGGAAACAGGACAAUAAACCCGGUUUCAUAUGUAAAUACAACAAAUGGCAGCAGGACUGCAUAUGUUCAUGGGAAUGAUAGUCGCAACGAGAUCAACAACGCAGAUUGUCUGUGUAACGAUAGAAAAUAUAAUAUAAGCAUUGGACUCGUAAAAAACGUGGUCACCAAGUGGAACUUGGUGUGUGAUUCAACCUGGAAGGUCCACAUUGCCAAGUUUUCUCUGCUGGUUGGUUUAAUCUUUGGAUAUUUGGUGAUGGGGGUCUUGGCCGAUUGGUUCGGACGGCAGCCUGUACUUAUUGUCUCAGUUAUUUUCAUGUUAAUCUUUGGACUGACUGUCGCUCUUUCUGUGAAUGUGACCAUGUUUAGCACACUGAGGUUCUUCGAAGGAUUUUGUCUAGCAGGAAUCAUUCUUUCCCUGUAUGUAAUGAGGAUUGAGAUCUGCGAUCCAGGAAACCGGUUUAUGAUGACCAUGGUGGCGAGCUUCAUUGCAUUGCUGGGGCAGCUUCUUUUACCAGGCCUGGCUGCUCUCUGCAGAGACUGGCAAGUUCUACAGGCAGUUAUCAUCUGUCCCUUCAUUCUCAUGAUCUCCUUUAUAUGUAUUUUUCCAGAAUCUCUGCGCUGGAUUCUGGCCACGCAGCAGUACCAGAAGUCAAAACGCUUAAUUCUCCUCAUCACCAAGAAGAACAGCGUGGAUACUGAGACUGACGUUAAGGGGAUAAUGCCUGAACUGGAAAGAGAACUUACUAAGAAGCCUAAGAAAACAUGUAUCGUGAAAAUGGUGGGGACUAGAAACCUAUGGAAGAACAUCUUGGUUCUCUGUGUAAACUCACUCACAGGGUUUGGGAUCCACCACUGCUUUGCUAGGAGCAUGAUGAAAAACAAAUGGGAAAAUAAUACCGCUUCACAGAACAAUGACAUCCACAACCACACGAUGCUCAGCAACUUCUACACAGACUAUUACACCAUGGCGGGGAUUGCUGUGGCUUCCUGCCUGGCUAUGUGCCCUGCAGUGGGGUUCAUGGGCCGGAGAGGGGGCCUGCUGAUGUUUAUGAUCCUUACCGCCCUGGCCUCACUGCUGCAGCUGGGCUUCCUAAACUUAAUUGUCACUGUGGAUCCAGUAAUCGGGAAGUACAACCUUCAUCAUGAUACAGAUUUAAAAGAGACUAUCAACAGAAAGUUCUCCAUUGCCUUUUCCAUCAUAGGAAUGUUUUCAUCCCAUGCUGUCGGGAGCCUGAGCAUUUUCUUCUGUGCAGAAAUCACCCCCACGGUCAUCAGGGGUGGAGGGCUGGGCUUGGUUCUUGCGAGCGCUGGGUUUGGAAUGUUGACCGCCCCCAUCAUGGAGCUGCAUAACCAGAAAGGAUACUUCCUGCACCAUGUGAUUUUCGCCUGCUGCACCCUUAUCUGUAUUAUCUGUAUUCUGCUGCUGCCUGAGAGCAGACACCAAAACCUUCCAGAGACCAUUUUAGAUGGGGAAGGGUACAUGCGACAACCCCUGCUGCCACCAAAAAAGGGGGGCGAGCAGCCUCUUUUGUUAACAAACUCUGAGCUAAAGGAUUAUUCAGGGAUCCACGCAACUCCUGUCCGUCAUGCAGCCAGCUCUGAAAGCAGCACAGCUAAUGUGGUGAAAUCCUCAUGACUUGUUUGCCUCCCGGUGAAUCCAUAGUUUGAGGCUGAGGAAGCAGAUAUUGUUUUACACUGGUCUGAGUAACAACAACAACAAAAAAAAAACUAUAACAAAAAAUGAUUGCUUUGAUUCAAUGACUUCAUUCGAUUUAGCUGAACACUGCUAACCAUGUGGGGUUCUUGUAAAACCAUCACAUAUAUAGAGUGAAGGACUUGGCAGAUGUCAUUGAAGAGGAUUUUAAUGAGUGUUUUUUUAGGAUAAAAAACAAAUAUUUGUAUUGUGCAUUCUGGCUUAAUUUAUUGUUCGUGCUGAAUGUACAAUCAACAGUGGAAGUGUGCCAUAGGGUUAAAUGCCUUAACUCAUCAUGUUGCCAGUUUUUAUUUGAAUGAUCUGGAAAUUUAGAUAAAUCAUGAAAGACUUUUCAUGCAUUUAAUAAACAAGGGAUUAAGUCCAAUUUGGUAAAUCACAAAUUGAGUGUUGGUGGUUUAGUGAUCUCUCUGGUCUAUUAAAUAGUGAUUCAAUGAUUAAUAAUGAAAACUGGUGGUAUGGUACUGACAGCAUUUAACCAACAUAUAAAACACACGACUAGGUU